AUGGAGUCUGAUAGUGACGCAGAUGAGGCUUCAUCGAUGCCACCUGGAAUGAGUGAGAAAACAACAAAAAAGGGUCGAGGUAGAACAAAAAUGCUCAAGUCAUUGGGUAAGAAAUUUUUUGAGAUUCAGGUUAAUGAUCUUAAUCAAGCCAUAGGAGAGAAUGCAGCAAAACUCUCUAGCCAAAUGGGCCGUGUAGCAAAGAAUGGCAGUCGAUUUCCUCUUACGAUGCAAAUGGAAAACGGUGAAGAUCCUACAGACUAUGACUAUUGGAUGGCGACACAUGUUGGUUUUGCCAAGAGCACAUUGGAUAAGAAGACGUCUAAAUUUAUUGGAGUGAUUGAAAAAGAAAAGUUAGAGUCAUUCAACAUACCCCAAUACACACCUUCACCUGAAGAAGUGAAAAAUGAGGUUGAAAAGGAAGGCUCAUUCACCAUCAACCGUCUCGAGUCUUCAGAAAUCACAUGGGCUGCCUGUAGCCCUGGGCCCGAGCCCAAUAACAGCGACGCCGGUGAAUAUCUGGCCCAAUGCAUGAGAUCCGUCACAGAAUCGCUAUUGGUUAACCAUUUCGGUCAACUCGUAAUUGACCAAUUAUUCCAGAUAUACAGCAAAAUCAUUUCCCAACACAUCUCCGACGAAGAUGCCAAAUUUUCUAACGUCACUGUUUCAUUGACGAGGAGAUCGAAACAACCACCAUCAUCAUAA